AUGUAUUUUUAUCAUGUAAAAAUAUACACUGUUCUUUGGACCUCAGGAGGUACCAUCAACGGAGGCAGUGUAGGCGGCUGGGGCGCGUGGCAGGAGGGCGUCUGCCGCUCGGGCUGCACGCUGCGCUCACGCGGCUUUCGCGAGCGCCGUCGCGGCUGCUCUUCGGGGAACUGCGACGGAGUGGGGUACGACGUCGUCAUCUGUGAUGACUCUAAGGUGUGCGGAAAGAAGAAGCGAGUGACGUCAAGCGAGUUGGCCGCGCGCAAGUGCUCGGAGUAUGCGGCCGUACUGCACAGCCUGGACCCGCGCGGCGGCGGUUUGCAGGCACCUCACGAUCCAACUCGCAUGUGGAUGGGAUGCGCAGUAUUCUGUCGCCGGGCGGCGGGUGGCGGUUUCUACGCACCACGGGUGGAGCUCAACGACAAGGGCAUGGACCCUUACUUUCCUGACGGAACGUGGUGCCACCACGACGGAUCACAGGACUACUACUGCCUGCAGCACCACUGCUUGCCGGAGAACUUCAAGAUGAACGCCCAGUUCCAUAUCUGGGAGCUUCCCAGCGAAGACGUCGGCGGGGCGUUCAACGCGCGCGCUCGCAACACCCCCGAGGACCCGGCGCUGGAGGGCUACCUGUCCCUCACCGAGGACGGAGUGCCCCUCACGCGCUCCGCCCUCCCCCCGCAGCUGCCCGACGAGCCCGAGUACCACUGGGAAGUCACGGACUACGUCGACCUACCGACAAACAAUGACACGCUGAAGUCAUGACCACGACACCGCCUCGCACGCUUGACAGGAUCCCGAUAAUGUAACUAAUUGGCCUGCCCGUUAUUUUGCAUUGAUAAGCUCCGAUAUCUUGCCCAAGUAAGAAUAAGUUAGUUUUCGAUUGCGUUAAGUACCUCAUUUAGAUAAUUUUAUCAUAAUAAUGUAGUUUAAGUACAACUUCUUUUAGUUAAAUCAUUAAAAAGUGUGGGUUUGCAUUUAUUAGUUGUAUAUUUUGCAGUAUUAGUAGCUAAGUUAAAGUAUUUUCAAAUUUUUGUAUGAAUUUAGAUAAGUUAAUCUUUUUACUCGAAUGCUAGUCCCUUCACUUAGGUACCGUAUUUUUAUUAUUUAUUUUUCUUUAAAAAGUAUUAAGUCUAGUACUAGUAAAUGUUGCUGUUGUUCUAUGCAGACAGUUAAAUUCAGUAGGUGAGUUAAAAAAUGCUUAAAAAUAUCAGCCUCACCGUAGUGUCCUCAAGAGUCAAAUGUUUGCGAUGGUCAUGUAUUGAAAAAGACUACCAAACAUCUCUUAAUGGUCACUUGGCAUAUGUAUAAAAGAAGAUUAAAAAAUAUUACUACUCUAUUGUACAUGCAUUAUGGUUCGUUAAAUAAAUCGUUACCAGACAUCAGUACCUAAGCGA